ACGACAACCAACAUGGCCCUAGAUGUACCGGAUGGCACGCCCGACCGUGGGCAAGGCGUUGUGAUAUUGAGCAUCAUCCUUAUGGUCCUGAUAAUCCUGGCUACCGUCACUCGUAUUAUGAGCAAGGUUGUUGCGCACCAAAACUGGUGGUGGGAUGACCUGUUCGCAAUCCUCUCUGUGGUCUGCGAACUAGUCGUGCUAUCCCUGGUCCUAGUAUGGAGAAACAUCGGCCUGGGUUACCACAUGUCCGUGGUGGCGUCUAUUAAUCCAGAAUACCUAAUCACCGGAUCCAAAUACCUCUUCAUCGCGAUCUUCUUCUUCGACGCCUCAGUCUGCCUCCCCAAGAUCUCCGCGGUCUUCUUCUACGCGCGCGUCUUCCGCUCCAACAACCGCGCCUUCCGCAUAAACCUCUGGAUCAUCGGUGCCCUCGUUUCUGGCUGGCUCAUCUCCGCCGAAAUCUCAACCAUCUUCCAAUGCAACCCCAUCGCCAAGGCAUGGGACACCACUCUACCAGGAACAUGCAUUAAGCAAUACGACUGGUAUCUAUCAACCGCGAUCCUCUCCACCGUCAUCGACUUCUACAUCCUCAUCCUCCCGAUCCCAAUGAUCUGGUCCCUGAAAAUGAGCCUCCGCCGCCGCAUUUAUCUCCUCAUCUGCUUUUUCAUGACUUACUCCGUCAUCGUCCUGUCCCUGGGCCGUCUUGUCGCUGUGGUCAAUAUCGUCCCGAUCAUGCCAAACGAUUUGACCUGGGAGUUCCCGCUAUACCUCUACUGGUCCGUCUUGGAGGGCUCGAUUUCCAUUGUCUCAAUUAGUGUUCCGAGUGGCAUCGCCCUUGUGAAAGCCAUUAUUCGACCGAAUGGGAGUUCCUGGGGGUCCAGCAAUGGGAGCAGUGGGAAGCGGGGGAGCUACGGAAACACCACUAUUAUUAAACCCACCAAGGAACGGCCAACACGCAUCUAUGGCGAUAGGGACAGCGACGACCAUCUCGUCUCGGACGUCGAGACUGCCAGAACAAUGAGUGUGGAUGGAGAUGACGCCAAUAUCCCGCUAGGUGGAAUCAAGAUCCGGACGGAUAUUCGGAUUAUGAAUCGCGAGAAAUAG